AGCUCGGUUCAGUCGAGCCAGCGCCGUGACCGGAGUUGGAAUAGUGGCUGGAGAGAUCUGUGUGCUCGAGUAGGCAGGCGUAACAGCUCGACCUGCAGGUUCUAGUCGGGCCCGAGUCACGCGUUCGCGAGUCAAAAUUUAAUCAGGCUGGUUGACACGAGAGUUAGAGGUUAUUCGGCCCGCGAGCCUUCCGUUCUCCCGUUAUCGCGUGCGCCGUUACACACUCGUCUCUCUUUCUCUCUCGGUCUCGGUCUCGCUCUCGAUUUCGCUCUCGUUCUCUCUCUUCGUUUCUCGCCCGUGACACAUACACGCGCGUACACAGAGAGACGUACAUAGGCGUACACAGGCGCGCACACACGCGUACACAGUUCGGACCGUUUCGUCGUCGUCGAGAGAGAGAGAAGCACGUCCGUCGAUUCUCGAUUGUCGUUCCGUACGGCCGUCGCCGUAAUCGACUGUCCGCGCGAAGGCCUGUUUCGUCUCUCGCGGUGAACACACGACGUCAGUGAAAAUGCGGUAGUGACAGUGAGUAGUUUACCGUCCGAGGACUGCGGGGAACAAGGGAAUACAAUAUCCCUGGUUACGUUUCGCAGGCGCGAGGACGCCACAAGUUUGCCGGAGAGAAAAUCGAAGUGAGAGGGGAAAUAUUUUCGGGAGAGGCUUCUCGGACGGUCAGGCCCCUCGGAAAAAAAAGAAAAAAAAACAGCGGAAGUUAUGAGGAGCUCGUGUGUUCGAGGAACAGGAAUUUACGCGCAUGUGUCCAGUGGGAUUUAGUGCCGGCGAUAAAGCGUUCUUUCCAGAUCUGGAUACUUUGCUCUCGACACCUACCGAACCUGGAUUAUCUCAUGUCAGGAUGGCGCUGGCGCGACUUGCGGUGAGCGACUGUGCGCCUCAAACAUCGCGGGUCAGCUCGAACUUGCACAGCAGCAGUAGUAUGGCAGUAAGCCGCGUACCGAGCCCUCCACCGCCGGAAGUGAACACCCCUGUGGCCGAGAAUUGGUGUUACACGCAGGUCUUGUGUGCACAGGUGAAGGUGGUGAAGUUCAGCUACAUGUGGACGAUAAAUAACUUCAGCUUCUGCCGGGAGGAGAUGGGAGAGGUGCUGAAGUCGUCCACCUUCUCGGCGGGGGCCAACGACAAACUAAAAUGGUGCCUAAGAGUGAAUCCUAAGGGUCUGGACGAGGAGAGCAAAGACUACCUGUCCCUGUACCUCCUUCUCGUCUCGUGCAACAAAUCAGAAGUCAGAGCAAAGUUCAAAUUUUCUAUCCUUAAUGCCAAAAGAGAGGAAACCAAAGCAAUGGAGAGCCAGCGCGCAUACAGGUUCGUCCAAGGUAAAGAUUGGGGCUUCAAGAAGUUUAUUAGGAGAGACUUCCUGCUGGACGAGGCCAACGGUCUCCUGCCCGACGACAAACUCACGAUAUUCUGUGAGGUAUAUACCUUUGUCAGCGUGGUGGCAGACAGCGUCAACAUUUCCGGUCAGAGCAACACUAUUCAAUUCAAGGUGCCGGAGUGCCGGUUGCCCGACGACCUCGGCCUCCUCUUUGAAAACCAAAAAUUCAGCGACGUCACGCUGACGGUCUGCGGGAGAGAGUUUCAGGCGCACAAAGCUAUACUCGCAGCUCGAAGUCCAGUGUUCUCGGCGAUGUUCGAGCACGAGAUGGAGGAGAGGAAGCAGAAUCGCGUCGACAUCACCGAUGUGGACCACGAGGUAUUGCGCGAGAUGCUGCGGUUCAUUUAUACGGGAAAGGCGGCGAAUCUGGAGAAGAUGGCGGACGAUUUGCUGGCGGCGGCGGACAAGUACGCGCUGGAGAGGCUGAAGGUAAUGUGCGAGGAAGCUCUUUGCACGAGUUUAGCCAUCGAGAACGCGGCCGACAUCCUCAUUCUAGCCGAUCUUCAUAGCGCCGAUCAACUGAAGGCGCAAGCCAUAGACUUCAUUAACACACACGCGACAGACGUGAUGGAUACGGCUGGUUUUAAAUCGAUGGUGAACUCGCAUCCACACCUGAUAGCGGAGGCGUUUCGAGCACUCGCCACCCAACAGAUUCCGCCGAUCGGUCCGCCUAGGAAGCGAGUCAAACAAAGCUGAAAACAGUCACCGUUGACACCGGGCACGACCUCCACAUCGCCCCCGCCUAUUCUGCAUCCCUCAUGAGAAACUUUUUUUCUGUACAGUGAUACAAAGUAGUGUUCUAAAUAAAUGUUUCCUAGUGCGA